UUAUGCAUGUGUCUAAAGAUUUGAUGGGAUUGAUGAAAAAUUUUUAGGGAGGAAUCUAAACAGGGCUAAGUGAGAUCCACAUGGGGAACAAGUGUGAAACACACCAUACAUAACGCACGCUACGCUACGCUACGCUACUCUACUCCACAAGCUCCCUCAACCUCAAGUCUCAGCCAUUACCGCGUCCACUAUACGUACGUGUGCUCCUCCUCCUGCCACCAAGAAACCACCGGUCCACUGGCCACUGCUAUAUAUAUACCCCCAACCUCCUUCCCGCCAAGCAGCAGUCAGCACCAUAAAGAACUUCGAUUUGCGUAGAUGGAUCGCCACCAGAGCGCGAUGCAGGGCAGCAGUGGUGCCAACGGCGCCGGUGCUGCCGUGCAAGAGUGGCUCUACCCUGCUGGCGGCUGGCAGCCGGAGCAGGCCGUCGUCGUCGGCUCGUUCCUCACGGAGCUGCUGGAGGACGCGCCGGUGGCGGACCAGCCGCCGGAGGACGUCGACCGGCUGAGCCGCGUCAUCCGGUCCCUGGAGGCUGAGAUCCGCGGAGGUGGUGGGCCGCCGCCGUCGGCGGCCGCGGCAGACGGUGGGGGCACGGCGGAUCGUCACGUGCCGGGAGAUGUCCAUAACGGCGGGCUCCAGGACUACCUGCUGCUGCCGGACCUUGAUAGCAUCCCCAGCCCGUGGGUGGCAGAAGCGCCGCCGUCGUUGGAGUUCUGGGCGGAGGUGCCGGCGGCGGUGGGGCAUGAUAUGGGCGGCUGGUACGUCGACGGCGAUGGCGUCAUGGUCGGGUACGAGUUCAGAGAGCAGUGCUAUUACGGCUACAGCGAGAGCCCACACGUUGAGCAAGUGUACAGCCCCUUGUGGGAAUGAAUGAUAAAAAAUCUGUGAAAAAAGAAAUAUAACCAUUAAAGAAUUCAAGAAGGCGAACCUGAUACCUAAA